AUGGAGGCAUACCCAAAGCCCCGCCACCAAUACAUCUACAAUCCCCGCUACGGCCAACGCGGCCUCCUCACCUAUGCCGGCCAAGCCGCGAAUGGCGCCGCACCCACCGGCGUCAUAGGAGGCGGCUAUGGCUACGGUGGGGUUGGAGGCGUCGGCGUUGGUAUGGGUGUAGGAUAUGGGGUGGGCGCCUACCAACCUGCGGUAUACAACGCCCGUCCUUUGUACCUUCAAACCUACGCCAUCAACUACUAUCCCCAGAACUACUAUGCCACCAACUAUUCUUACCCUUCAUACAGUGGUGGCUAUGGCUACUACAAUUACAACUUGUAUGGCUCGAUGUACCCACUGGCUAACUUUUAUUACCCCUACCAGAGGACCUACUACAACACGGUACCUAGCUAUGGCUACACGGCGCACGUUUACCCACCCGGACGUUCUACAACUACUACUACCUACCAUGUGACGAACGCUCAGGCUCAGAACCACUCAACGCCCGUCACACAAACGGUCAGGGAGACGAGACCAGCAUACGUCCACGGUCAUGCACAGCAAGGCCCCACACGCGAAGAUAUCCAGAUGGAGAACCGAAGGAUUGCGACAGAGCGCGGCGCGUACGAUCCCCGAAAGAUCAGACCGGCCGAUGCACGCGACGACGACCCUUUCUGGUGCCGUGAAGUCAACGGCGAAUGGCACCUCAGGUCCUACUACCAGAUCGAGAAUGAGUGUCAUCCUGGUCGGUGGAUGAUGGAUGCGGAUGUAGGCUUUCUCGUCUUCCACCGCGCAUGA